AUGGCAGACUAUAGCGCUCAGCAGGGGAGGGACUACGGCCGUCCUGCCGGUUACGGCCAUGGGGGUCGCGAUGCCGCCUUCAACGACAUCUUCGGCGCCCGCCCGCAGGACGGUCGCUCGCAGACAAUGACAUCGCAGUCUUACCAGCGUCCGCCAGACCGCGCCGCCACCAUGUCGGGCCAGGUCUCGGACAUGAUGCAGCGCAUGCCGCCCAUGAGGCCCGGAGCCAACGGCUACGGCCCACCCCAGCCCAACGGCUACAUGCCGCCGCCAAGAGGCCCUCCGAACGGCCCAGCUCCUCCGCGUGGCCAGCCUCAGGCCAACUACUUGCCGCAACCCAUCCGCCCCGACCGCCGUCCGUACGACAUGCCCCAGCGCAUGGACCCACGCGGCAUGCCGCCACCCCAAGGCUACGCCAACAAGCCCCUCCCUCAGAGGGUUCCUCCUGGUGGCCCCGGUCCGGCCUUGAAUUCCGAUGCCUACCGCUCGCAAUCGCUCGCCUCCGCCCCGCGCCCGCAAAUCUACCCCCCUGGCUACAACGUAAACCCCGCCCACACUUUCCGCCAGGCUCCCUACAUGAACCAGGCCAGGAUGACCGCUUCCGGACGCGUGGUGCCCGAGCGCUCCGACGAGAGAACCAUGUCUCUCUCGUCCUUCAACCGUGACCACGAAUACGCCCAGACCAUGAGCGGGCGCGUCAUACCGAACCGUCCGAAGCAGGAACCCAACGGCGUGUCCAUGGAGCGCCCCCCGCCUGGCCCCCCCGUACAGCCAUUCGUCCCGCAACCGGGCACAAAGACGAGGAGUCCGAGUCAAGGAAGCUUCAGCACGCAGAGGACCAUGUCCAUGGCCUCCACCAUCUGCCCACCCUCUGAAGCUGGCGAGAACGCACUGAAGCCAACCAAGUCUGGCUCUGGCCGCCAGGGCGCCCCCGGGGCCCCUCGAGAGCGGCCAUUGGUGUACCCUGCGCUUUUGUCUAGGGUUGCCGAGGUGUUUCGGGAGAGGAUCGUGCUGGGCGAGAAGGAUAAGGAUGGUCUGGUCUAUCAAAGUGCUUUCACCGGCGCCGAAGCGGUGGAGCUCAUAGGAUACAUCAUUCGAACAUCGGACAGAAAUCUUGCGCUUCUUUUGGGCCGGUCUCUGGAUGCGCAAAAGUUCUUCCACGAAGUCACGUAUGCGCACAGAUUACGCGAUUCGCAGGCCGAGGUCUACCAAUUCCGCGAGACGCUCAUGGAGGACUCGACCGAGGUCAACGGCGUCUUUACCCUCCUUACCGAAUGUUACUCCCCAACUUGCACACGUGAUAAGCUGUGCUACUCGAUUGCUUGCCCCAGGAGGUUGGAACAGCAGGCAAGGCUGAACUUGAAGCCUCAGCCGGGUCUUAAGAAGCAGGAAUCGAAGACCAGUCUCCACGAAGAUGACGACGGCGAAGAGAAGAAGCUCUGGAUCAUGACGGUGUCCAAGGAAAUCGCCGAUAGCAUCACGGACAAGGAAAAGAAGCGCCAGGAGGUUAUUUCCGAACUGAUGUACACCGAACGAGACUUCGUGAAGGAUCUGGAGUAUCUCCGCGACUUCUGGAUGAAGCCCCUGCGGAAUCCCCAAACGUCGCCGAUCCCCGAACACCGUCGCGAGAAGUUCAUCCGCACCGUCUUCUCCAACUGCCAGGAGGUUUACAAGGUCAACGCCCGUCUUGCGGAAUUCCUAACGCGCAGACAGCAGCAAGCGCCGGUCGUACACAACGUCGGAGACAUCUUCAUGGAGUACGUGCCGCAUUUCGGACCUUUUAUCAAGUAUGGUGCGAACCAGCUUUUCGGCAAGUAUGAGUUCGAGCACGAGAAAAAGACGAACCCGGCCUUCGCAAAAUUCGUGGAAGAGGUUGAGAGGAUGAAGGAAUCGAGAAAGCUGGAGUUGAACGGCUACCUGACGAAGCCGACGACGAGACUGGCGCGUUAUCCGCUGCUGCUCGAGAACGUGUUGAAAUACACGGCAGACGAAAACCCGGAUAAGGAAGACAUCCCCAAGGCCAUUGCCAUCAUUAAGGACACCCUCUCCAAGGUCAACGUCGAAUCAGGAAAGGCGGAGAACCAUUUCAACUUGGUGCAGCUUAACAGGGACCUGAAGUUCCGUCCCGGUGAAUAUGUGGAUUUGAAGCUGACAGAGGAGAACCGCCAACUCAUCUUCAAGGGCUCGUUGAAGAAGACACCGACCGAUAACACCAGUGAUAUCCAGGCCUACCUAUUCGAUCACGCGGUUCUGCUCGUCAGGAUAAAGACGGUCAACAAGAAAGAGGAGAUGAAGGUGUACAAGAAACCAAUCCCACUGGAGCUGCUGGUGAUUACGCAAAUGGAGGAGGUUUUGCCCAAGCAAGGUAUGGCAAGACGGUCCUCAUCUAGCUUAAGCCUCGGCGCCAACAAAACAAAUUUAAAUGCAGGUGCGAAAGCGGACAACAAACAACAGGGGUACCCGAUUACCUUUAAACACUUGGGCAAGGGUGGUUACGAGCAGACGUUGUACGCAUCGACGCAGAUCUCCCAGGAGAAGUGGAUGAAGCACAUUCAGACCCAACAGAAGAACCUCAGGGACCGCAGUAAUAUUUUCACCAAGGAGAUUGUGUGCGAAGGCUUCUUCAACCAGGCUAUCAAGGUCAAUUGCUGCGUGCCUCUCGAUGGUGGCCGGAAGCUGGCCUAUGGUACUGACUUUGGUGUUUACGUUGCUGACCGCAGGCCGAGAGACGCUUCUAUCAAGCCGAAGCGGGUCUUGGAAUGCAAGACGGUCACUCAAAUCGACGUCCUGGAGCAGCAUCAGAUUCUCCUGGUUCUCUCCGACAAGACCAUGUACUCGUAUCCUCUGGAAGCGCUGGACCCCGACGAGAACCAAGGCUCAGUAUCCAAAAGGGGUCGCAAGAUCUGCCAUGCCAACUUCUUCAAGGCCGGUGUAUGUGUUGGCCAGCACCUCGUGUGUUGCGUCAAGACAUCAGCUCUCUCGACGACCAUCAAGGUGUACGAGCCGAUGGAGAACAUGGCCAAGAAGGCAAGGAAGACUGGUUUCUCCAGGAUGUUGGCCGGUGGCCAGGACGUGCUCAAGCCGUACAAGGAAUUCUACAUUCCCACGGAAUCGACAUCGAUCCAUUUCUUGCGUUCGAAGCUUUGCGUCGGGUGUGCCAAGGGAUUCGAGGUCGUGUCCCUCGAGACGCUCGAGACACAGUCCUUGCUGGACCAAGCCGACACUUCUCUGGACUUUGUCGCAAGGCGCGAGAACAUCAAGCCGAUCCACAUCGAGCGUCUGUCGUCCGAGUUCUUGCUUUGCUACACGGAUUUCUCGUUCUUCGUCAACCGCAACGGAUGGCGGGCGCGUCCGGACUGGAAGAUCACGUGGGAGGGUACGCCGCAGGCGUUUGCUAUAUUCAACCCGUACAUCCUUGCUUUCGAGCCCAGCUUCAUCGAAAUAAGGCACAUGGAGACGGGUAUGCUGGUUCAUAUCUUGACUGCGAAGAACAUCAGGAUGUUGCACUCUUCUACGAGAGAGAUCCUGUAUGCCUACGAAGACGAGAUGGGCGAGGACACGAUCGCAUCGCUGGACUUCUGGUCGCGCCCGCAGAGCCCGCCGCAGCAGACGAAGCCCUCUGUGCCGCCGCAGAUCCCCGCGCAGAGCUUCUCGCCGUAG